GAAAAAAGAAAAAAAAAAGCACGAGUCAAGAGCGUAGCCGUAGCGACCGUGAUCCGCCUCCUUUCUUCCACCUGACACCAACAUUCCCAGGACCUCCGCCCACCGCUUCUCCGGCCAACUCCUCCUCCCCCGCCACAGAGGCACGGCGCGCCCGCAGGGGAAUAAAUUAGAACCCCCAAGUCACAAGGAACUGAUAGAAGCCUGUUUGGUGGAUGUGAAUAUUUUUGCGCUCUGCUUCGAGUUCUGCUUGAGAUGGCAGUUGGAAUGGCAUCCCAGCUCUUCCAAGGAGUGACUGCCACCAACAGAUUUAACCAAACCAACAAAUUUAGAAGCCUGGAGAAGCGACAUUCUCUCCCAUUUCCAUCCACUUCGUUUCCUUCAGUUGCUUAUGCGCAAGAUUCAUUAGUUCAUAAUGUCUCGGAGAGGACCUACAGGCCCGUGCUUUAUGUACCUUCUAGAUAUAGGGCCAUGGGUGCUAGAUCUUUUGCCUUGCCAGUUCCUUGGCAGGAAAUUCCUCUGGUCAACAGCACAUCUUCAGCAUUGGCUAGACACCAAUUGCGACCAUCCAAUUUCUGGAUCAGAAUAUCAAACAGUUACUGUAUACACUGUGUAGUGCGUACUGCUGGCGGGUCGUGUGACACUUUACUUACAAAUCCUGCCACUUCACUUGUGGUACCUGCAAUUGGAAUAAUUCUAUUUGCUCUAUGGGGAUUUAUGCCUCUCAUGAAGGAAAUUAGAAAUCAUUUCGAUCAUGGUGGAAAUUGGAAACAGAGCCCGACGUACGUAAUUUCUAGUUCCUACAUUCAACCUUUGCUUCUUUGGACAGGAGCAACGCUUAUCUGCAGGGGUUUGGAUCCAGUUGUGCUGCCUUCAGCCGCAAGCCGAGCCGUUAAAAUACGCCUUGUGGCUUUUGUGAGAUCAUUAUCUACUGUCCUGGCUAUUGCAUAUAUUCUGACAAGCUUGAUUCAGCAGGUACAUAAAUUUCUAGUGGACAUGCGUAACCCCAAUGAUACAAGAAGUAUGGGUUUGGAUUUUAGCAUAAAGGCUAUUUAUACUGGCAUUUGGAUUGCUGCUGUUUCUCUCUUUAUGGAGUUGCUGGGUUUCAAUACCAAAAAGUGGAUAACUGCUGGAGGUUUUGGGACAGUAUUGCUUACGCUUGCUGGUCGCGAGAUUUUGACCAACUUCAUCUCAAGUGUUAUGAUCAAUGCCUCCCGUCCAUUUGUUGUAAAUGAGUGGAUCACUACAAAGAUAGAUGGUGUUGAGGUCACUGGUGUAGUUGAGCAUGUUGGCAUGUGGUCUCCAACAGUUAUUAGAGGUGAUGAUAGAGAAGCUAUAUAUAUUCCUAAUCAUAAGUUCACAGUGUCUAUAUUGAGAAAUAACACUCGAAGGAGCCAUUGGCGUAUUAAGACCUAUCUUGCGAUAAGUCACAUGGAUGCUGGAAAAAUUGGUGUAAUUGUUGCGGACAUGAGGAAAGUGUUGGCAAAAAAUCAUCAGAUAGAACAACAGAAGCUACAUAGAAGAGUAUUUUUUGAGCAAAUUGAUCCAAAAACUCAAGCUCUCAUGAUUUUCGUAUCCUGCUUCGUGAAGACUACACAUCUUGAGGAGUAUCUUAAUGUCCAGGAGGAUGUUUUGUUGGAUUUUCUUAGAAUAGUUGGCCAUCACAGGGCAAGGCUUGCUACCCAAACUCGAACAGUUCAGAAAUCAUAUGGCAAUGCAGACAUCGAUAACAUUCCUUUCGGAGAGGAAAUGUAUAAUCGUGUACGUGGUCGUCCACUUCUGAUUGAUACCUCUGCCAAGAUCAGUGAAGGCAAGUCUAAAUCUCGAUCAGCAUCACGUGAAGAGCACAAAUUCAAGACAAGUGCAUCAGUAGAGACCAAGUCAGCUUCACAUGAUAGUCCUAGUUUAAGCAACUCGGAUAAGAAGGAACAUAAAAAGGUGGUGACAGAAGAUGAUUUGAUGGCGGAUAUUAAGAAUGAUCAUGUGACGUCAAGAACACCAUCUCCAUCCACAGAAAAUGUUGAUCCUGUCUCGUCAACUUCUAUGUCUGGUAAAGGGGAGCCUCGAGGAUCUGAGAUCACAGAACGGCAAGGAGAUGGGUCCGUUUCUCUAGCUAAUCCUAAGAAAGAAAGUAGACCUGCCUUGGAAGAUAACAUUGUUCUUGGUGUAGCUCUCGAGGGCUCCAAGAGGACACUCCCCAUUGAAGAAGGAAUUGAUCCUCAUCUACCCGAAACUGAGCCAGACACAGUAGAAGUUGGCUCAUCACCCAAGGAUAAGAAAGGUCAAAGCCACACACUUUGAGGUCGAUCAAGAGAAGGCUGACAGGAGGAAUCUUGAUUCUUGACAGGUGAUCCAAGUUCAAACAGGGUCCUUGCCAAAGAUUUGUCACCAUGCCCAUCUUUUUUGUGUGCUGGUGCAAAUGCCAUCUAUUCCACAAUUCACAUUUUUUUUGUAAUAAACCUGUUGAUAAAAUGUAGCUCAGUUUACUGGUAUAAAAAAGAGAGAUAAAAUGUAGCUUAGUCGUAGCAGUUAAGCCCAUAAAAACCGCGUACAGAUGUUGUUUUGUAUGUGUGGUGCAGCAGCUGCUGCAUCGUUGUAAUUGAGCCGAUUUGUGUUGGUUCUUGCAUAUGUGUCUGGGUCUGGAAACAGUUUCUUUGGAUGAUGUUAUCACAAGCAUUGUACCAA